GCUGAACAUCGGUAAAUGUUGUCAGGGGACUGUUAUUCGGAUGGUAGUUUAAUGAAAACUCAUAGUAUUGAGGAGAAAUUACUAAAGUGUAAAUGUUCGUGUGUGUUUCUGUUUAUAUUCGUGUCGUGGCUGAAACUGUACAGCGCUCAGUGGGAGAGGCGCGGUAUUUCUAAUACCGGAAAGGCACCCAUCGACUCAACCAAAACCCCCAUCGUGUGGAUCCUCGGCGGGCCGGGUUCAGGCAAGGGCACGCAAUGCGACAAGAUCAUCGCCAAGUACGGCUUCACGCACCUCUCCACCGGCGACCUGCUGCGUGCAGAGGUGCAGAGCGGCUCCGACCGGGCCAAGACCCUCACUGCGAUCAUGGAACGGGGUGAGCUGGUGCCCAACGACGUGGUGCUGGACCUUCUAAAGGAGGCGAUGGUCGCGAAAGCAGAUAAGGCCAAGGGCUUCCUCAUCGAUGGGUACCCAAGAGAAAAGUCGCAAGGCGAAGCGUUUGAGAGUGCCAUAGCCCCUGUUACUGUGAUAAUCUACUUCGAGGCGUCCUCCGAGACCCUCACAAAGAGGCUUCUCGGCCGCGCCCUAAGCUCGGGCCGCGCGGACGACAACGAGGAGACCAUCAAGCUUCGGCUCAAGACCUUCCUCGACAACAACGACCAGGUGUUGGCGCAAUACCCCAACAAACUGAAGAGGAUAAACGCAGAAGACACGGUUGACUCCAUCUUCAGCCAAGUGGAACAGAUUCUGGACCCGCUGGUUACGAAGUGAGGAACUGCCUAUUUAGUUAAUUGUAUAUAAUGAACUUUUUGUUAAACUACUUACUUAACGGCCUUUUAAAAUAAAUUAUUUUUAAACAUACAA